GGGGGUUAUCGGAGAGGUGAGCCCCCCUAACACAUGGCCAUGCACGCGUCGGGCACCGUGCUGCGAAUGGUCGAGCAGCUGCGCAGAAGCUCCACGAGGAGCUGCACGCGGACUUCAUGAGCAAGCCCAGCAUCCUGCGGUCGACCAUGGCCGAGAAGUGGCCUCGCGAGCUGCACGACCAGCAUACGGAGAAGUACUGUGGCGCCGGGGUGCCCGGCGAGACCAACCAGUGCCGGCAGUAUCUGGCCGUGUGGCCGAACCGCGGGGCGCACGUCGGCCAUUUUGUGACGAAUUGGAAACACGGCUACGCGAUGGCCGUCAUGUACAACUUGACCUUCCUGCACUCGCUCAUCAUGCCCAACCAAAAGGAGCGCACGGUGCUUGACCAGUUCCUCGGGCUCGGGCUCGGUGAGCAGUAUCGCUAUCGGGAGAUCUGCACCGCCGGCAAGAAUGGCCAGCCCUGUUCGCAAUUCCUCCCCUGCUUGAAGGUGGUCCCCCUCAAGUGCCCGGAGGUUGAGCCCGGGGUGGGAGUCAAUGAGGAGUGUGAUAUUGCCUCGCAGAUUGCCCAGUACGCCGGGCAGUGCAAUGUCGUCUUCCACCAGCCCCCCCAGCCGGUGACCAUGGACCUGUCCGGCCUGCGGCCGGUUCUUCGUGAGAAGUGGCGCAUCGCACGCCAACGCCACCCGAUCCAGUACGAGUUCGACAACUCCGCCAUCAAUGUGGCCCUGCAUGUGCGGCGCGGGGACAUCGUCGGCAGCGCCAAGGGCGCCGUCGCCGCCAAGGAAGAGCACCAGAGCCGGUGGACCAACACAUCGGCCCACCGGAAGCUCAUCGACAAGCUGCUCGCCGAGCUGGGGGCCAUCCUCCAGAGGAUCCAGGCCCAGGAGGCCACAUCGCCGGCUCCGCGCCUGGAAGACCUCCUCCACCAGGCCCUGGCUCGGGAGGGCCGCAGCACGGCCACCCUGCCCGGCAUCAGCACCGCCCCGGUCAGUGAAGACGCCCGGCGGGACUGGGCCCUGUCCGGGGCCCGGCCGGCCCACAAGUGGGGCACCAUGCCGGAGGUGCACGUUCACCUCUUCUCCCAGGGGGCCCCGGCGGACUUUGCCGUGCUGCAGUCGGUCCCACACCUGAAGCUCCACCUGAAUGCCGACCUGCUGUUUACCAUUUCCCACAUGGCGGCCACCGAUGUGCUGGUGAUGGCGCGCUCCGGGCUCAGCGACCUGGCGGCCAAGUUCCGCUCCGACGACCAGAUCACCAUCGUCCCGACCGGCUUCUGGGACUAUGCCGAGCGCGAUUGGUUCCUCUUCGACAAUGACACCGGCGAUGUGGACUUCACCCACCUGGAGGAGCGCCUGCGCAUCCUGAUCGAGGCCAAGCGGGCCGGGGCCAUUCCCAGUGGCGUGUAUGCCGCCGAGCCGACCUUCCGGGCUGGUGCUCGGAUGGUCGUCACCACCGACGGCCCGCCCGCGGGGGGCGGCGGGCGGAAGCCUGCCAGCGGUGCCGCCCCCGGCGCCGCCGUCGCCGCUGCCACCGCCACCACCGCCACCACCACCACCACUACCUCAUUCUCCUCCUCAGCUGGCGGUGAUGCGACCACCCCGGGCAGCCAGGCGGUGCGUGCACGCCGGUCACCCAAGUCCCAGCAGGGGGGGGAGGGCCAUUGCAAUCGGGCAGGGGGGGAGCAUGACCAGCCACCUCCGACCGGUGGCGACGGCGGCAGCGGCGACGGCGGCAGCGGCGACGGCGGCAGCGGCGACAGCUAUGUGCCCGAGCGGAUGCGCGGCCGCCGCCGCCGCCACUGCCGGCGCCUGCUCCGGCGCUUCGGUCGUGGCCACGGUGGCGACCGGCAGCAGCAGCCGGGGGAGGAGGGCAGCCCCAGGCCCGAGGGGGAGGAGGAGGAGGAGGAGGGCCCGCACCGGCCGCGGCACGGCCGGCAGCCGGGCCUUUUUGCCAUCGCCCCUCGGCGGCAAGCCGUCGCUCCAUCUGACCCCUGGCUGAUGAAAUACCCUGCCGACGCCGUGGCACCCGGUGCCGGCUCAAUCACCAACACCGCAGCCAUGAGCACCGGGGAGGCGGGCUGGCCGCGGUCGCGGCGCCGGUCGGCCGCCGGGUCCACCCUCGAGGCCUCGGCGAGCGAUGACAGCGGCGGGUCCCGCGAUGAUCGGUCGCCUCCGCCAACCGGUGGCGGCCAGGGAAAUGCCACCGGCCCCGGCGGUGCGAACGGCGACCCGGGAUCGUCGUCCCUGCCAACCUUUGACCAGUGCUUCGACUCCUUCCGGGCAUACAAGCCGCGCAAGCUCAAGCGGCUCCUUUGCCGCGGCCACGAGGAUGCGGACCUCUCCCAUUCCGACGAUGGCAUGGACGACAGCCACGGCAGCAGCGACGACGACGACGACGACGACGACGACGACGACGGCUACGGCGGCAGGCCGGAAGCAGGCAGCCUGUGGGCCGGCGGCCUGGGUGCCGGCCUUGUUGCGGAAGAUGCCGACCGCCGGCGCCCAAUCAGCCUCAGCGACGGGUCGUUCACCACGGUCCGCGACUACUGCCUGGGCAGGCCGCCCACGGGGGGCCCACUUAUCCCGGAAGAGCCAUCGGAGGUGCCGCUCCCGCCGGGCUUCAAGUGGCCGCAGCCGCCGCCAGGGGAAACCCCGGGCGAGGAGCAGGGGCCACAGGUGCUCCCGUAG